UUGUUCUUGUUGCCGUACGUAAAAAACGAUCUCCAUAACUUUUCCUUACAACUUUCGUUGUAAUGAAUAUGAAACAACAGCAUUUUGAGUGUAUUUUCUGGAAAAUAUAGCUCUAGACUAGUAUUACUUUCAUCAGUAUGUGGAACACACCCGCUCGGUAAUCGGUGUUCCAAUUUGUCCACGGCACAUUGGAAGCGCUUUGUUGUGGCACAACAGGAAAAGAUAUUGUGUGUGUUUUUUGCGAGUAAAAAACUACCGGAAGUAGCGCCGAAAUGGAGGCUGAAAACUCCAACAAGUAUCAGAAGCUUGCCCACGAAUACUCAAAAUUGCGCGCCCAGGCAGGCGUAUUAAAACGGGCCGUGCUCGAGGAACAGAACAAAAACUCGACCCUGCGGGAAACGUUGCGCACGAAGGAGGCCACCCUGCGGAAGUCGGAACAGGAAGUGGACAGUUUGGGAUUCCGCAACAAGCAACUGGAGAAACGCGUGGCGGCAUUGCAGGAAAACAUAGAGCACGAUCUGAAGAAAACGGCCGUUAGUAAGGGUGGCAAAAACAAAUCCUCCGCCGGCGGUGAUGGCAAUGUGGUUUCGAUGCCAGAUUCGGGGGUAAUUGCGGAAGAACUUCAGAAAAAGAUCUUCGAGAACGCGAAACUCUCAAACAUUGUAGAGGAUAAAAAUGCCGAAUUGAAACAGCUGCAAAACCGCAUCGAAGGGCUUAACCGUGAACUCCAGCAACAGGCGGUCGUGGAGCAGAAGCUGCGCAAAGAACUCGAACUGCUUACCGUCCGCAAUACCGAGCUGGAAUCGAAAGCGUCCGAGGCUGCGAGCACGAUUGGAAGUGAGGAUGGCCUGAGUGUCACUACGGACAUGGAAAACCAUUUUAAUCAUUUUACCACCAGCUCGAACAGCGCAUCUCAGGUGCCGAACAAUGGCACCAACAAUAACUCCGCGGCGGCCAGCCAGGACGAACGGAUCGUGUUUCUCGAGAAGGAACUAAACCAUUGGCGGGCCCAGUACGAGCUGUUGAAAAUCGAAACCUCUAGUCAAAUGCGAAUAGCGCCAAAGGCGGAACAAAAGGACGACAUUUUUAGCCAUGGUACUGAUGGAAUCAACAGAACCCUAGAGGAUAAUCAACAGCAAAGUGAAUUCCAAACCCGAGAAAGGAAGCUGACCGAGUGUUUUACGAAAAGUAUAGAGGAACUUUUUCAUGACAAAUGCCGUGCCGAAUCGAAACUGGCUUCACAUUUUAUGGAAUGUCAAAGACUGCAGACCCAUUUGGAAGUUUUCAAAAACCGUCUAAAGGAACGGGAGGAGGCCAACCGGGAAGAGGAACGUCGAUUCCGUAUCAUCGAAGAUGAACUGUCACGUACUCGCCUAAAUUACGAGGAACAAAUAAGUGUUCUGACCGAGCAAGUGAUAAGCUUAAGUGAUCAGUUAGCCAAGGCCAAGUAGAAACAACCCCACGCGCGGGAGGCGGAAGGUUUAAAACUACUUCUGCUGAACUGCAGAACUACUGCUCUUAGAUGCUGCAGAUGGGGUAAAAUGUUUGUGUGUGCUACUCUCAGAGAUGUGAAUAUCAUUCAUUCCUUCCUGGUGCUAGGAGGACAAAAACAACGCAUAUACUUAUGUGUGAGCAUUUUGCAAUAAGAUAGCCAGUGGAAAACUGUGUCGAAAAG